AUUCCUCUAUGUAUGUCCCAAGGCCAGAGCACUUUCCCGGUUGGAGAGGGCGUCACUUCCUAACUCCUUGCUUCAAUUUUUCCAGCCACAGCUAGGCCAGAAAUGCAGAAUGGUAAAACCAGAUUUAGAGGCAGAGGGAGCCCAUCCCAAGCUGGGCCAGGGUGGAGACCUGGCCUUGGACUCCAUCUCCACCCCAGUCCUCCCAGAGCAGUUAGGGGAGCCUCCUGAGGGAGGAAGCUGGGGGUGGUCCAGGGAGGCUGUGCCAGCUGGAGACAGCACUUGAACGUGGCUCAAGGAGAGCAGUGGGCCGGACGUGCUCCACGGCUAGGGGCUUCCAAGGUCGCUGUGGCAGGGCUGACCCAGGCUGGGGAAAUGCCCCACACAAGGAGGGUCUUGGCUCUGCUGUGUCCAGGGCACCAGUGAGGGGGAAGGCAGAAAGCCAAGCAAGGCAAAAAUGUGGUGGGAGAAGAAGGGAUGAAGAAAGGUGAUGGUACUGAUUAAGUCCACGGUCACUUGCUGAACGCCUCUCAGAUGCCAACCCUGUGCUAGUGAGUUGCAACCCCUGCCUCACAGAGGAGACAAGCCAUUCUCACAAGGUGACUCCACUCAAGGAGACAGGCACCAAGGCUGAAGAGUGGCCUUCUGUGAGUGCUAGGAGUCAGGGCAGGAGAUACACCAGGCUAGAGGCCUGGGUAGGCUUCUGGGAAGGGAGAAUUGGGUUGCAUUUUAAAGGAUAUGAUUUCUAAAUUGUAAGGAAGCCAGCAUAAUUUUUGUUCACUAGGAGUGAUCUCAGAUGUUAUUCUUGGUUUUACAUUUUGAAAGCUGGUGUGGCUUUUUGGGGCAACAUUUGAGCUUGUUUAUUUGUUCACUAGUCACAGCUGCAUGGGGGCAGCAUGGUCAGUACGGCCGUGCCACAGGCCACCUACACGUGACUCUGUCCCAAGGGCCCUUGGCUAGAGAGAAGGGCAGCUACAGGACUGAUGUGGCACGUGGAGGAGAAAAGGUGAUGGAGACACAGACAAGGUCAGAGGGAAAUGGACAGGGGUAGGACAGGCUUCAUGGGGUCUUGAUCAGGGGUAUUCCAGCAAAGGUUUAAUAAUCAGCUCUCAGGGAUGGAGGUGGUGGGGGGGGGCAUUUGCAAGAAGGAGAGGAAGCUCCAAUUUGUAGCAUUUGCAACCGUAUAAAUAGCCCCACCAUGAUCAAUUUCAAGCUACCAACUUAACAUCCCCAAAUGAGGAAUUGGUUAAUUCUACGAUCAUUUGUUGGAUGCCUCCCAGAUGUUGUGUAACUGGCUCUCACGAGCCUGUGGGAGUUGUUCCAGCAUAUUAACGACUUUGGAUAUUUUCUGCCACUGGUUACUAAGGUCAGAAGUCCCGCUACCAGAGGCCCAUCCUUCAACUUCAGGUAUUGCUGGAUAAACCAAAUGAAUUCAGGCAUAAAGAAAAGUGAACACAAAAAACAAAAACCCCAGUGAAUUCAGAGGAACAGAGCUCCAGAACUGGACGUGUCCUCCCAACAUGGCCUCCACCACCUCCCCUCUGCCUCCCACCACCGAGGUCGCAAGUUCUGAGAACAGCAGCUCCUUCUAUGACUAUGAGUACUACCUGGACCAGGUGGCUUUCAUGCUCUGCAGGAAGGACGAGGUGGUAGCCUUUGGCAAGAUCUUCCUGCCAAUCUUCUACAGCCUGAUCUUUGUGCUGGGUUUGGGCGGGAACCUCCUCCUUCUAGUGGUCUUGCUUCGGUAUAUACCUCGCAGGCGGAUGACUGAGGUCUAUCUGCUGAACCUGGCCAUCUCCAACCUCCUGUUUGUGGUGACACUGCCUUUCUGGGGCAUUUCUGUGGCCUGGCAUUGGGUCUUUGGGAGUUUCUUGUGCAAGAUGGUGAGCACCCUCUACACCAUCAACUUCUACAGUGGCAUCUUCUUCAUUAGCUGCAUGAGUCUGGACAAGUACCUGGAGAUCGUCCAUGCUCAGCCCCACCACAGGCUGAGAACCCGGGCCAAAAGCCUGCUCCUGGCUGCCUCGGUAUGGGCUGUGGCCCUGGCCGUCUCCGUCCCUGACAUGGUCUUUGUGCAGACACAUGAAAACCCCACGGGUGUAUGGAACUGCUAUGCAGAUUUUGGGGGUCAUGCGACCAUCUGGAAGCUCUUCCUCCGUUUCCAGCAGAACCUCCUAGGGUUUCUCCUUCCGCUCCUUGUCAUGAUCUUCUUCUACUCCCGCAUUGGCCGUGUCCUGGUCAGGCUGAGGCCCCCGGGCCAGGGCCGGGCUCUAAGAAUCGUCACAGCGCUGGUGGUAGCCUUCUUUGUGCUGUGGUUCCCAUACAACCUCACCUUGUUUCUGCACUCACUGCUGGACCUGCAAAUCUUUGGGGAAUGUGAGGUUGCCAAGCAGCUAGACUAUGCUCUGCAGGUGACCGAGAGCAUCGCCUUCCUUCACUGCUGCUUCACCCCCAUUCUCUACGCUUUCUCCAGCCGCCACUUCCGCCAGUAUCUGAAAGCUUUCCUCGUCACUGUGCUCAGGCGUCACCAGGCACCUGGCCCAGCACAGGCCCCACUGUCCAGCUGCUCUGAGAGUAGCAGACUCACCGCCCAAGAAGAAAUGACCAGCAUGAAUGACCUCGGGGAGAGGCUGGCUGAGCUCUCCCCCAGCAAGAGUGAUAUGGGGGAAAAUUAAACCCGAGUGACCAUAACACAGUCUGGCGAGUGUGGAUGGGACCUAGCUCUGUUGGGCAUCCACCCAAAGCCCUCUUUCCAGAGGCUUCAGGGACCAUGUUGCCAUACCCUGUGGUCGUCCAGGAAACCAGACUCUCGUGCACGAAUUGCUAGAGUAGCUUCCCAACCAACUGCUGUGCUUCUGGUCAUCAUGCUCUCCUGUCAUCUGAUCUGCACCCACAGGCCAGAAUGAUCACCUCACCUGCAGCCAUCACUCCAGCCUCCUCAAAGUAGCCCCAGGCUUGCCACCCACCAGUUGGCUCCCUUCCCUGGAGCUCAGCUGGGGACUUACUGCUGCAAUAUUGUUUAAUGUCACAGUGUUGAUGGUGGCUCCAAGGGUCCGGCAAGCAGGAGGGGUGGGAAGGGUUCCACUACGGGGGCCUGGGGGACUUCCCUGAAACGUGAGAGUUGGCAGGUGGGAGGCAGAGUGAACAUGUGUUCCCAAUAGUCCAGGAGGAUCACCCUCUCUCUGCUUCCCAUGUCCCCUCCCUGGAGCCUUCGGGGGUCCCUAGGGCCUGCACAAUCAAGUCUAAAAUCUCUGUCCAGCUUCAAGACUGGAGCUUUCACAAGAAGAAUCCCAUUUACCAGCUUGACCUUAUACUCCUUCAUUACUUCUCAUUUCCUGGACACCAGGCACCCCUUGUUUCUUUUCUUUUUUUUAAGAUUCUAUUUAUUUAUUUGCAGAGAGAAAUCAUAAGUAGGCAGAGAGGCAGGCAGAGAGAGAGGAGGAAGCAGGCUCCCCGCUGAGCAGAGAGCCCGAUGUGGGGCUCGACCCCAGGACUCUGAGAUCAUGACCUGAGCCGAAGACAGAGGCUUAACCCAAUGAGCCACCUGGGUGUCCCACCCCUUGCUUCUUACACAUUUCCACCUCCCUGUUUUAUGCUUGCCCACUCUCUUGUGCAACAGGGGUCUUUUUUCAGCCAGCUGUCUUCUCAUCUUUGUUCUGUAAUAGAAUUCUGCUUGCUCUGGGAAACCACUUGUUUUUCCCUCUGCCUUGUGCUUUGGGUGGCAUUCAUGUAGAGCACAGGACUUGGGCCAUUUCCAGCCUUACCUUUCCCUGGCAUGGUGAUUCAUUUAGGAUGGGCACAGGACCCAGAUAGAGCUUGUGAAAUGCAGCAACUAGAACAUGCUAGAACAGAGGCAUGAGAUUGAAGCCAAGAGGAUGUGUGGUGUGUGUGUGGGGGGUUCUCCUUCAUCAACUCCAACUUCAGAGGGUGAGGUGAUAGCCCAGUGAGUGUGCAGACCCCGAGGGCACUGUGGAAGCCCCGGAAUCCAGGCAUGGCUGAAGCUCAUCCCAGUCCUGGACCUGACAGUUACAUGAACCAAUAUAUUCCUUCACAUGGGGCUGUUUUGUCACUUGCAGUCUGAUUCCUGGCUGAUCUGCCCUGCCUAGGUGCUUCCCUCUUCCUGUCUCCAGUGGUUAACAUCUGUCCUGGCCACUGAAAACCUUUCCCCAGGGAGCCCCUGGCCCACAGUACAACCUAUCCACAACUGGCUGUGUCUGUCCUGAAAAUCCAGCACAGAGCCUGGCAGGCAGUAAUGCAUGGAAGGAAACUUACAGGCGGAUAGACUGGAGGACAAGAGAACACAGGGCUGGUUAUACGCAAGCUCCAGGAGAUCAGGGACUUUGCCACGUAUUAAAUCGGUAUCCCCUGUGCUUAAGCCAGUGCUCAGAAUGUAACAGAGGUUCAUUGAGCAUUUUUAAAAUGAAUGGAUGGAUAGAGAAUGGACCAGGUGGUCAGUAUUCUGCCGUUCUUUCUUCUCUCCCCCUGAGCUUCGGAUGCUCUAGUCACGGCCCAUGUGUCAUGAGCAGGGCUGUCCCCGGAUGUUGCCAGAGUUGACUCUGCUGGUUUUAUACGCUUUGCUUUUCCCGUCCUCCAUCUCACUCAACUCUUGUGCCUUUAGUUCUCUCUCCCAAGGCCCCGGAUUCCCACUGUCACAAAGGACUCUGAGCUCCCAUGGUGCCCUAGGAAACGGAGCUCUGACUCUGAAGGUGCUGACUUGUUUGAGGAUGUGGGUGAUGUGGCUCUACUUUAGAGCUCCUGAAAUCUGCCCCAGGGGGGACCUCAGGCCUGCCCACAGAGCAGCCUGACUGUACUGACAGGGUCUAGCGACCCAGAGUCUCCGACGUUGUAUCCAUGAUGCACAGAUGCAUGAUGCACAAGCCUGGCAGGGCUUGUCCCCAGCACUGGGGUGUGUGUGUGUGUGUGUGUGUGUGUUGCCGUGUGGGCUGUGCAUAGUACAUAUGGCUGUGUAUGUGGGUCCGACAUGAACAUGUCACCGUAUCUGCAUGGGUCUGGGUUUGUGCCCAUGGGUUUUCUGUGUGUUCCUGUGUGUCUUCCUCUAGGUGUGUAGGUGUGGGUAUGUGCUCUCUGCAAACAGCAAGUGUAUAAGAAGGGACCUGAAGCCUGUGCCCAAGGAGAAGGAGAAGGGCUGGCCAUAGGUGAUGUUGAUCCCUCUCACUGUCUUCCUUUCCAUUGACUGCUGCUGACCAUGUUGAGGGCUCUGACUACACACAGACGGCACUGGUCAAGGAGUGAAUUGGAGGUGGGCUUUUACAGCCCAGGCCAGGACAGAGCCCCCUUCAUCCUGACCUUACUUCCCAGCCUGGACGUUGGUUCCUCCUGCUGCUCUUUCCUGGGAAAGAAAGCUCCCAGGAUUGUCUUGGCCCUCAGAUUCCGACGCAAGACGGACUUUUCCCACUGGCUGACCUGGGAAGAAGGACAGGCACGGCUCUGCCUGGGAGCAAGGCUGCCCACCCUCUACUCUGUGAAGGUGUGUGGGUUUACAGCAGUUACUACCUAUGGGGGUGGUGGUGGAAACAACCAAACCAAACCAACAGAAAAACCUCUUUUCUUUCCCAGAUGCCUGCAAAUCUGCCACUGGCAUGUCACCCCAGAUCUUGUUCUGUUAUAAGCUAUUGUCACAGAAUACACAUUGUGGGCUAUUCUUUGAGGGAGAAGAGACUGGUACAGAAAUGAGGAUUGGGGGGUCAGGCCUGUUGUGUCAGAAUAGGUAGUGACUAAAUGUAUCCUUGGGGGGUCUCAGUCUUCCUAUUGCCUCAAGGCCCCUGGUAGGGAAGGAAGGGUAGUCUUUGUAGAGAGUGUGUCCAGCCCUCGUGCAAAGCACAUAGGACUACAGUUGCCAUGGGGCCCUCCCUUGUCCUUGAGUAGGCAUUGGACUCUGUGCACACACUCUAAUCCUGGGUGCUCACUGUUUCCUGGGAGGCUGUUGUUAUGGUGGAUAUCCAUGACUCUGGGAUGGUACACUUGUAUUCAUCUCAACCUGACCCAUGGAGGAUUCCCUUGGUCCCAGGCAUACCCUAAAACAUGAAGUUCCUGGGAGAUCUAAACGAAGUCACUUUCAGUUGAGACCUCUUGACUCAAUGGACUUUGGCCCUCCGGUCAGGUCCCUGGUCCAGAUUUCUCUGGGUGUGGGGAAAAUGAGGGGAUGCAGCACCUAGGUCUGGGCAGGGCCCAGGAGUGUGUGAAGACUCUGCGUCUUUGCCCUGAUCCAGCACAGGACCUGGCUGUGCAGAGAGCCAGGAGAGGCUCGUUGGUAAUCUCUCCGUUGCGGCUCCCAGCCUCUCAGUUCCCUUCACCUUCUUCUGUGUUCCCCAUGUCAUUUUUUCUUAUGCUCCUAGCCCCUUGCAGAAUAGGAGGGAAUAUUCUUCCUGAAUAUUCCUCCUGACUGGCUUGAGCUCUGUUAGCUCCAGGCAGACAUCAUCAUUUUGGGGCAGCUAGACCCAGAGAAGGGCAGACUCUGGCCCAGAGUCACAUAGCUAAUGGGGACAGACUCCUAACUCCAGCCCCAGGCCCUGCCUGAGUCGCUCUAACAGCCUAUUAUCUUAGCAAAACUCUGGACAGGACAGCCAGCCUCAAGAAAAAAAAAAUGGAA